AUGCCCAAGGCUUACUGUCCGAUAUGCACAUGCUACCUCAACAUCCUCGACAUGCGAUUGUUCGGCUGCGGCCAUGGCUGCUGCGCAAGAUGUAUCUCCCAGCUAGCGCGUCAAGCAUGCCCUGCAUGUCGUCGACCAUUCACUCGGGACGACCCGUACACGCUACAUGUCGAAGUUCUGGAGGACGCAGACGUUCCGGAGCCCAUCGAGACUGCGACGCGUCGACUUGAGCGCGUGCUGACGGGCACAAAUCUCGCCGUAGCGAAGGCUGCGCAGCAAAGCUUGCAAGCGCUUGCGGAGAAGCUGGGCGACGAGGGGAAGGUCGAUGCGGGUGUCCUCAACGCGGCUAUCUCCCUCCUCGACAAGCGCGUCGCCCCCCUUCUAAACCACAUCACCAACCAGCGCCACACCAUCCGCGAGCUCAUGGAAUCUGUCGACAGAGGACUUCCCCUCGAUCGCGACCUCAAGACGCGCCAACUCCAGCGACGGCUCGAGCGCGCUGAAGACGAACGCGAUCGUGCGCGACAAGCUCUACGCGCUGCCGGCGCCACUCUUGCUGCCGCUCGCGAGGACGCGUUCGCCCAUCCCGAGGUUCUCGCGGUCCGAGAGGAAAGGGACGAGCUUCAAGGGCGACUUUCGACCGUACGGCGGCAGCUUGACGUCGCGCUGGAGCAGGAGUUGGCGCGCAAGAAGCGCAACCCUUUCGCUCAGUCGGCUAUGCAACGAGAAAACCAAUCGCUCAAAUCCCGCGUCGCUGAGCUCGAGCAGAAGUUGGCCAACGCCGAGCGGCCAUCUUUGCGCCUCCGCGUCUGCGACAACUUCAACACCAAUGGAGAAGACACACGCACGCGGCAUGAACCCUUUCAUCCGCAAGCGCUCGGCCUCGACCUCCGCUAG